UGUAAAUUUGUCGGCACACGUGCGAGCGGUGUGGGACAAAGAAAGAGACGACGAAAGCCUCUCUACCCGACACCCAUUCGUGUCACAAUUGUAAAUUUUGGCAACCACCACCGGCAAAUCUGUCCUUCCGCCGUCUGAAAACCCGAAGCUUCCGUUAGGCGCUCGUUUUCUUCUCUUCUUCUUCCGCUCUGGGCUGGACGACGACUCCGUCACCAUCCCAAUAUACGCAAAAAAAAAGAAAGAAAAAAUCUCAUGGGACUUUCCCUGAAAGUGAUCAUUUCCCUCGCCAAAUCUUUCUUCUUCUUCUUCUUCUUCUUCUUCUUCUAUUCGCAUUAAACCUCCCAAUUGAACCCUGAUUUCCAGUUGAAUUUUAGGUUUUUCCGUUCACAUACUCCCCAGCAUUCGAUUGCUCUGAUCCAUCCUUUCUGGGUUCGGGAGAUAUCUCAUUGCCAACAAAAAUGCGUGCACCAUCCAUUCUUGCACAGUGCUUGAGUGGCUUGUCAUCCGCAGACAAGGGGUUUCACAUGCCAGUAAUAUCUGACCGAGAUGGCCAUCUUCCUUCGCCCGCUGUAGAAGUUGUUCCUUCAAAAGCUGCUCCCUGUACAUAUGCCGGAGAGAAUGUAGACCUUCAAGGAAUCAAUAUAGCCAAGGGUAGAAUAAGUGUUGCUGAUAUUAUUGGAUUUACUGGCUCAGAAAUGAUAUCCUCAAAACUAGAUGGAUAUCUGAAGUCUUGGGAUGGUUCCCUUGAUCUCGUUAAUGUUCUCAAGCACGAGAUCAGGGAUGGGCAGCUGAGUUUCAGGGGGAAAAGGGUGAUUGAGCUUAGCUGUGGAUAUGGGCUUCCUGGAAUAUUUGCUUGCUUAAAGGGAGCUUCAACCGUACAUUUUCAGGACCGGAAUGCGGAGGGUAUAAGAUGCACCACAAUCCCAAAUGUUUUGGUGAAUCUUGAGGAAGCUCGGGAACGGCAGUUCCGUCAACCAGAGAGCCCCCUGACUCCUUCAAGGCAGACUAUUGCUCCAACAGUGAACUUCUAUGCUGGGGAAUGGGAGGAACUGCCAACUGUGUUGUCUGUUGUUGGGAAUGAUGGGUGUGAGAUGCCAAGAGGGAUGAGCCUAAGCUUGUCUGAGGAAGAUUUAAUGGAUGGUUGUAGUAGCCAAGAUGGAAGCAUCUUGGUCAAUGAAUCUUCUUCCUCGAGGCGUUCUAGGAAACUGUCUGGGAGCAGGGCAUGGGAAAGAGCCAGUGAUGCAGAUCAAGGAGGUGGGUAUGAUGUCAUUUUGAUGACUGAGAUUCCCUAUUCAUUGGCUUCUUUGAAGAAGCUAUAUUUAUUGAUUAAAAAGUGCCUAAAACCUCCUUAUGGAGUGAUAUACCUGGCAACGAAGAGAAACUACGUAGGCUUCAACAGCGCUGCACGGCAACUGCGAAGCCUGGUAGACGAGGAAGGCAUUUUCGGGGCUCAUUUGGUGACAGAGCUAACGGACAGAGAGAUUUGGAAGUUCUUUUUCAAAUGAGAAAAAAAUGAGAGAUUUGGAACAAAUCCAAUAGUCUUUCAUAAGGUUCAUGGAUCCUCACAUUUCACUAGAAUGCCAGUCACACUCCUGUUGAACUAUUAAAGUUCAUAAUAAUUUACAGCUACUUGU